AUGUCUAAGUCACAUGGCAAUGGUGCACCAGCAUACAAGGAUCCGGCAUCUUUAAACAACAGUUUGUAUGAACGUGGAAAGAAGUCUGAUAUAUUUAGUCUUGGAGUAAUACUGUGGGAAUUAUCUACUGGGCAAAUUCCGUGUGGUGGAUGCACAGAAGUUUUUCAAAUUAUUAUAUGCAGAGUUAAUGGUUUUCGUGAUUCUCCAUUUCCUGGAACAUCCAAAGAGUAUGUUAAUCUGUACUCAGAAUGUUGGGAUGAAGACCCUG